AUGACAUAUUUUCAAAAUGUACUAAAUUCACAAUAUUUAGGAAUAAUUGAUUUAAAUAAACUUGAUGUAAUAACUUUAAAAUUAAAAAUUUUUAUUAUUGCAAAAGAAUUAGAAGUAAAAAAUUUAUUACAUUUUGAAAAAAUUUAUCGUCGUGCUCAACCUACUACUAAUGAACAAAAUGAAAUUCCAAAGCAAGUAGAAGAAAAUAAACUUGAAGAGAUUAAAGAAGAACUGGAUAAGAAACUCGAAGAGCAAAAAGAAGAACUCAAACUGGUGGAGAAUAAGAAAGCCAAAGAUCAAAAAGAAGAACACAAACAAGUGGAGAAUAAGAAACCCGAAGAGCAAAAGGAAGAACCCAAAGAAGUGGAGGGUAAGAAACCCGAAGAGAAAAAAGAAGAAUCCAAACAAGUAGAAGAUAAGAAACUUGAAGAGGAUAAAGAAGAAUCCAAACAAGUGGAGGAUAAGAAACCCGAAGAGAAAACGGAAAAAUCCAAACAAGUGGAGGAUAAGAAACUCGAAGAGAAAACGGAAAAAUCCAAACAAAUUGAGGAUAAGGAACCUGAAAAAAAUAAAAAAGAAUCAAAACAAGAUGAAGAAAAGAAACCUAAAGAGAUCAAAGAAGUGAAAAAGAAACCUGAAGAGACCAAAGAUGAACCAAAACGGAAAGAGGGAAAAAUACUUGAAGAGAAUAAAGAAGAAUCAAAACAAGAAAAGUCAAAAAAUCUUGAAGUGACCAAAGAAGUGCAAAAACAAAAGGAGGAAAAGAAGCCCGAAAAAACUGAGGAAGAAAAGAAACCCGAGACUAAAGAAGAACCAAUACAGGUAAAAGUAAAUAAGCCCCCAAAAAAUGAAGAACCAAAACGGAUAGAAGCUAAACUUAAACAAUUUGGAGAAGAACAAGAGGAAGAAAAAAAUCCUGAAGUAGAAUCAAAACAAGAGGAGGAUAAAAAGACCGAGAAGCCAAAUCAAGAAGAACCAAAACAACCAAAACAGGUGGGAAAAAGACCAAAACUAUCUGUAGAUCCGAAAACUGAGUCUGAAAAACAACCUAAACAAAUUGAAGAAGCUCCAAAACAAGAAGAGGAACAAAAACAACCUGAAAAGCCAGAAAAGGAGGAGAAAAAAGUUCCAAAACAAGUAAAACAACAAUCCGAGGUAAUUCCAAAACAAGUGGAAGAACCAAAAAAAACAGAAGUACCAAAACAAGAAGAAGAAAAAAAGCCUGAAAAGAACCCGGAGAAAAUUGAAACAAAGACUAAGGAUGAACCAAAAGAAGUUACACCCGAAAAAACAUCAAAAGACGUAUUUAUUCCACCAUCUUCUAUAACGAUAUCAUUACCUCCUCCAAAACCAACAGUUAUUUCAACAACCGUCUCAAUAGCUUCUCCCGAUUUGCCCAAAGAAAUUGAGGUUUCUGAAGAAACGUUAGAAAAAUCAGAAACAGAAAUUGCUUUAAAAUUGAAUCAAAUGAAUUGGAAGGAAGUGAUAGAAAACCCUACAUUUGCCGCGCAAAUUGUAAAAUUUAUGCCCAGAGAUCUCGCUAAUAGUAUUGGGAUAUCAGAAAAAGAUAUCAAAACAAUAAAAUUAGAAAAUUUUCCUGGCAAUAAUGGUAUGUUCUUGAAAUUGGCUAUACCAAAUGGAUAUGUAGAUGAAGCGGUUCUAGUUAUUAAAGAUCCUACAAGUAAAUUCUAUACCGAGGGAACAAUAUUGAAUCAAUAUGUGGGUCCAACUUAUCCAAUUCCCCAAAAUAUACAUUCAGAACAAUCAAUUUCAACAAAUAGAGGAAUUUUAAUUGGAGCGUUGGUUGUAGGGUCCACACUUUUAUAUGCAAGCUUAACAGUGUUAUAUAUACGAUCUAAAAGAAAGAAGAAGCAACGACAGCUUCAAGAGCAACAAGAAGCUUAUUUCUCAAAAUUAUCUAUGUCUGCUUACCCACAAGCUCAACAAAUGAAUACUGCUCAAUCUCGUAGUGGACAAAACGCUGUCGCAAAACAAGAAUGGAAACACGGUUUAUACGCAUGUUUUGAUGAUUGUAGUCUAUUUGAUGAUUAUCAACAUAACAUGAAUUCAUCUUCUAUGCAGGGAAGAAAUGCAGAAAAGUUGGGAGGGAAUUGUUGUUGUAACGGAAGCAUAUACUUUUGCCUUGGGCUUCCAUGGCUAUUUGGAUUCUUGAAACGUCAAGAGAUUCGGAACAGCCAAAACAUUGAUUCCACUACUCAAACUUUUACAACGCAACCAUCUUCUAAAAGUAAAUUUGCUACAAAAAGAUUCUCGGAUAUUCGUCGAAAAUUUCCAACUAUACCUUCUCGAAAAUCAAAGUUUAUCAUAAAAUCUGAUUCAGAAAAAGAAAUCUCUCAUAAGAAAUAUCAUAAUUCAAGCGUUUUGUUGUUGGUUCCAGAUAAUCAUAAUUCAUCUCAAGAAAAACAUCAAAUAUCAUUCUCAGAUUCACAUGUCGAGCCAUAUAAUAAGAAUAAAUUCGAAGAAUUAGAUUUCUUUGAUGAUUAUGAAGAAACAAUACAACAAUAUGUUCCUAUCUUUAAAAGAAAUAAAAAUCAAAUGACUAAGAAAUUUUCAGAUUAUGAAGAACCAACAAAUGAAAUUAGAAAGAAUCACAAACGUACAUCUUUCAAGCUGGUAAUAAAAAAAUUCACAAGAGUCGGUCUAUAUAAGAAGAAGCGUGAUAAGGAAUAUCAAGACGGAAAGACGAAUCCUUUCGAAUAG